AUGGGGACAGGUUGGGAGCUAACUAAGGCUUUGCGCGAGCAGAUUUACAGGUAUGCGCUGUAUCCUCAGACGUCGGUGUCACUAAGACAGAUGGUCCAGUUUGGACCGAACCCUUCUCCAGGUUCUAUCUUCCUCGCUUCACAGUUCAUAGUGGAGGAAUUGCCCAUCAGGUUGGCGCUCAAGGUUAAGGAUUUGGACAAUGCUCCCUUGGGGCUCAACAAAAUGCCAUCCACUGUAAAGGUAAAGAACUGGUACGCACAGUCAUUCGAAGAGUUGACCAAUUUGCCAAAGCCUGAGAUUUCGGCCCACUUAGCAGAGUUACUCAACACCAACGGUGCCUUAGACAGGCAAUUGAAGUUGAAAGACAGCGAAACUUCAACAUUCAUACAAGACGAUAAAACUGUGGUUCAGGAAACAUUGAAUCCUGCCAAUCUGGAGCUGGCCAACCCUGCAAUAAACAAUGUGUUUAGCGAUGACGGGAUAGUGGUGAGACCGUCUAGCCACCAAAACCACAACAUUUCGUCGUCCAGUUCGCUCUCAUCGUCGUCGUUAUCGCCGAAAGUAGGUAUCAAUUCCAAAUUGAGAAGCGAAUCGCCUACUUUUGGUAAGACCUACUACACCUCAUGCCCUACAAACAUAAUCUGGCCCAAGGAAGUUUACGACUACAAUAAAUCUGUCUAUGAUGCUCUCACGAAGAUCAAAAAGAGACAUGAUGCUACUGUGGCCACUAUGGCACAAGGUGUACAAGAGUGGAAACACGACAAUCAAACUAUUCAUGUCAACUCAUCCAUUCAAACGUUUUUGGACAGAUUCUACAUGUCCAGAAUUGGUAUCAGAAUGCUCAUGGGACAGCAUAUCGCUCUUAAUAUGGCCCAGGCUUCACCAGCAAAGGCCAAGAUCAAUAAGUUCUUAAAUGGAAGCAAUGGCAAUAACAAUAACAACAAUUCGAACAAAAAGAAUGGACAGGCCAACUAUGUCGGGGUCAUUUGUACUGACUGUAACGUUGGAGAAAUUGCUACCGAUGCAAUUGAGACCGCCAAGUACAUCUGUGAAGAAUAUUAUGGAUUGUUCGAUGCGCCUGAAAUACAGCUUAUUGCUCCAGGAAACGAUAUCAAUUUCAUGUAUGUGCCCGGCCAUUUAAUUCAUAUGUUGUUCGAAACGUUGAAGAACUCGCUUAGAGCGACCAUUGAAUUCCAUACCCCAAAGCUUAAGGCCAAGAUGUGUGAAGAAGAUCCGGACUUGAAGUUUGAUGAAAUUGAUAUAAACGACUUAAAAUUUCCGCCGAUCAAGGUUAUUAUACUGGAAGGGUCAGAAGACAUUGCAGUAAAGAUUAGUGACGAAGGUGGUGGAAUUGCAAGAAGUGAAACUCCAUUGAUUUGGACUUAUUUAUACACCACUGUUAGUGAAACGCCUGUCUUGGAACCUGAAUACAAUCAGACUUCAUUCAAGGCACCAAUGGCUGGGUUUGGGUACGGGUUACCAAUUUCAAGGUUAUAUGCGCAAUAUUUUGGAGGUGAUUUGAAGUUAAUUUCUAUGGAGGGCUAUGGAACUGAUGUUUAUCUUCAUUUAAAUAGACUCAGUAGUUCAUCUGAGCCAUUGCCGUAG